UAAUAAGACGCUAAAAAGGCAUCAUCAUCAGAUCAGAUAGUCCGAGACUGAGUGCACAGGAGGAGAUACCAGAUCGAUCGGCGUCGAGCGAGACGUUCCAUUUUCUUUGAGGAGUUACUUGGAGCCGGAGAUAUAUGGAUACUGAACUCGAUGUGAAGCAAUUAAAGAAGCCGGAAAAUCUCUCCAAGGAGUCUACUGAACAAUUGGAUUCCAAAUGUAUAGGUGUGGAAGCAAAGAAAGCUGUUGAACUUCCACAACCAUCAACGGUGACUGCCACCAACACGGGAAGUGCUCUGGGGCCUAUCACUCCCGAUUCAAAUAGAGAGAUUGGGGAUACUUUCACUGAUUUUACAUCCCCACUGACUUUGGUUUCUUCCUCUCCAAAAUCAAUUUCUCUUGAUUCUCACAUUAGCAAUGACCCAUAUCCUUCAAAUGAUGAUGACACACCGUGUACCCCUAAGGAGAGUAUUUUUGACUCAUUUGCUCCUGGUCCCAACAAGCUCAUGCUAGCUCCACACCAUAGGAAGUAUCUGGCACAAUCACAGAUCAAUGUUGCAAGGAGGCUUGAUUUUGGUGCUUCUUUAAAGUUUGUUGAAAAUGAAAAUCGUGGAAGUGAUGAUGAUACCAGAUUGGACGAAGAGAUGUUUGUUGAAACUGUGUAUGACACUCUCUUAGAAGCUAUAGUUUCAAAACAGACUGAGGGGGUAAUUCCUCAAAUUUCACAUUUGGAUACAGGAUCUGAUGGAUAUAAGACGCCUACUUCUGCACCUCGUCUCAGUGGUAUUGCUGAAACCUGUCCCGGUGCACCUAUGAAGUCCACGAGGAAAUUGAUCAAUGUUGAUCCUGGAUUGUGCCGAAAGCUUGAAUUCUGAGGCUGCCUAAGCAGAAAAUUUGCACACUGACGUUACGGGCUUUUUAGCUGCUCGGCACUUUUAACUUUGAUAACGGAGCUGCUAACUCAAAUUCUGAUGAAAUGGUAUAUUUGCACGUCCAAUUUUUUUUGAAAGAUUAACAAAUUUCCUUCUAAGGUUAGUAUUUACUUGUGAUUCUGAGAGGAUGUCUUCUGGUGUGGAACGAUUCUGUCUGACCAAAUUAUUAUCCAGUAGUAUCAUUAUAGACUAACUGUGACAUGAACUUUGGAAUACAGAGAAUUUUGUUUGAGCAGAAGGUAUAUGUUUGUAUCACUGCACAUCUGGUGUCUGCCU